CCCAGAAAAAAAAAGGACUAAACGAGAUACUGAAAGCCGAAGACCUAAAUUCCGUAGAGAAAACUCGCAUCGCCGCCGCUGCCUAGAUCGCCGGGCGCCGCCAUGUCGACCCCGGGCGCCGCCUACUACGCUUCCCUCGCGCGCAAGCAGUACUUCUGCUAUCAAUGCAACCGCACCGUCCUCAUCGCCGCCUCCGCCGCCGCCGCCGGCGAGCUCUCCUGCCCCGAGUGCCGCGGCGACUUCCUGGAGGAGGUCACCGUCCCCGCCCCCACCAUCCUCCCCUUCCCCUUCGCCUUCCCCCCCAUGAUGCCCACCGCCUCCUCCCCGUCCCGAUCCUCCUCCUCCUCCACCGCCGCGCCCCCCUCCAGCGACCUCUCCAACUUCCUCACCAGCAUCCUCGACCUCCAGGAGGGCCGCCGCGUUAGGUCCAGGAGUGGCAGCGGCGCCGCCUCGGCCGCUGGCACGGCCACGCCUGAGAACGAGCCGGAGUCCUUCGACCCACUCGUGUUUUUCCAGAACUACAUCCACACCCUCAUGGAGGGGGGCGCCAACGUCCAGGUGCUCCUGGACGACGCCAGCGUCAACCUUGCCCCCGGCCUAGGCGGCCGUACCGGUGGGGCAAGCUAUGGGGACUACUUCGUCGGCCCGGGACUGGAGCAACUCAUCGAGCAGCUCGCCGAGAACGAUCCGAAUCGCUACGGCACGCCGCCGGCUGCCAAGUCCGCCCUGUCCACCCUUCCUGACGUCGUUGUCACUGAUGCCAUGGUUGCGGCGGCAGAGGGCGCCGAGUGCGCUGUGUGCAAGGAAGAUUUCUCACCUGGAGACGGGGCCAAGCAGAUGCCCUGCAAGCACAUCUAUCACGCCGAUUGCAUUGUACCCUGGUUGGAGCUCCACAAUUCCUGCCCCAUUUGUCGCUUUGAGCUGCCCACCGAUGAUCCUGAUUAUGAGGGCAUUAAGGCCUCAAACCCACAGUCAUCUGUUGGUGGUGGUGGUGCUGCUGCAUCUGGGAGCUCUGGUGUUGCUGAAGAAGGAGGGGAGGAGAGUGGGGAGAGGGUGGUGGAAAGGAGAUUCAAUGUGUCAUUGCCAUGGCCGUUUGGUGGAUUGGCAGGUCAAACACCACAGCAAGAUGGGAACAAUGCUGGUGCUGGCAGUAGCUCACAGGACAGCGGUUCGCAGGAUGGAGCUGGUGGUAGUAACAAAAAUUGAACACAAAUCUGUGAUCAGUUGGAGGUUCCCUUGUCGGCGAUGCGUCCAGAGGUCGACAAUGUUGAUGCGCCACCGUGAGUUAUACUACAGACAAUUGAAAGACCAAAGGAAUUUACAGCAUGUUUAUUUGGUGGAACAAAACAAUGUUGGUUUUAGUUGUGGUUGUCGCUGUCUGUUAGGCCGUGUACACAAGGCACAGAGACUGCCGUGGCAGGAAGUUGUGCGUUGCGUAGACUCAUUGUGCAGAUUUGUUAAAUUGAUGCUCUUUUAUGGAUA